CGCGUAUUAACGAAACGGUCGUUGGGAUGGGCCUCCGCGGGUGGUUUGCGUCGUGCUUUGGCGGCGACAGCAAAGUCGGCCCGCAAUCGGUCACUGUCUUUUAUGGCUCCGAGUCGGGCGGAACGAAAGCGCUGGCGCUGCGCCUCGGGCGCCUUGGCGCGGCGCGUGCGAUCCCGAUCUCGGUCCACGGGCUCGAGACCUUUGACGCCCAGCAGCUUGUCGGCGGCCGGCGCUAUAUCUUUAUGACGGCCUCGUACGGGACAGGCGGUCCGACGACGAAUGCGGCGUUGUUCUUUCACUGGCUUUCGACGUCGACCGCAUCGCUCGCGAUCGAGUUUUGUGUCUUUGGCGUCGGCAGCUCCAUUUAUGCAGACUCGUACAAUGGGAUGGGCAAGGCCGUCGACGCCCAGCUCGCCGCGCGUGGCGGCCACCGCUUUUACGCGCUCGGACUUGGCGAUGCGUUCAACGACUUGGAGCGCGAUUUCCUCACGUGGGAAGCCGGGCUCUGGGCCGCACUGGCAACGACGACCACGGUAGCGUCCACUGCCCCGCCCCUGAAGUCGCAAUUCCAACUUCACCGCACCAAGCCCGACACGCCACCAUUGGCACUUAGCGCCGCACCUCCGUACGUGGCGCUACACUGGACUGCGAUCACGUACCACCCGAACGCUGGUGUUGUUGUGGCGACCGUCGGCUUUGCCGACACGACGGCGCGGGCCCGGGGCACAGACCAUCUGGUAGUCUACCCUUGCAACCCGGAUGGCAUUGUCGAGAGUUUAGCGUGCCGCUGCAACGCGUUGCUCGACCACUACGUGACCUAUACUGGCGACGAUGCCCCGUUUCGUACACCGGCAACGGUUCGAUCGGUACUCACGCACGAGGUCGACUGCCAAACGAUUUCGCGCAGCCUCCUCUCAGGUCUUGCGCCGUUGGCCACCGACGACGGCGAGCGGUCGCAACUCGCCCACCUUGGGUCCCUCGACGGGUCGAAAGCCUACGCAGACCUACCCCACUACACGGUCAUUGGGCUGCUCACGAACUUUGCGUCUAUUCAACUCUCGCUCGUCGACCUACUCCCGCUCUUGUCGCCAAUGGCGCCGCGGAGCUAUACGAUCGCGUCGCAUUUGCUGGACGCGCCCACCAUGGACCUCUGCAUCGCCGUGCCGCCGCCGACGCCCGAUACCACAUUGCACUUUGGCGUCAUGGCGGCGUACCUGCACGCGCUCGGACCUCUCGGGCCCGACGCGGCCGUGCCGUUGCGUGGUUACACCAAGCCGUCAACGUACGUCUUUCCACCUGACGCGUCGCGGCCACUGCUUCUGAUCGCCGCGGGCUCAGGCAUCGCACCGAUGCGGGCGCUGUGGCAGCAACGACCGGCCACGUGCGGCCCGACGCACCUCUUUUUUGGGUGCCGCGCGGCAUCGGCGCGGCUCUUUGAGGACGAAUUACUACAGCGCGGCGUGCAGACACACUACGCCUACUCGCGCGACCCGUCGGCCGGUCCGACCAUGUAUGUACAAGACAUGGUCGGAAGCCAAAUGCCGUGGGUUCAGAAAGCUAUUGUGGACGAGGACGCAAGUGUGUUUGUCUGCGGGCGCCAGCGCAUGGUGUCCCAAGUCCGCGAUGUCCUCCAGCGACAUUUGUCGGCAGAGCAGUGGACGUCAUUCGUGCACUCUGCGCGUUACCAGGAAGAGGUGUUUGGAUAGAUAGAACGAGACUAACCAGCAAAGCACUGUUCCUCGAGGGGUAGGUGUAUUUUACGAGACUGUGGGAUCUGCCACAGCACAACGUCCAGGUAUUUUUGUCAAUGACUAUGGCC